AUGGCCAACGUCAAAUCACUUGCAACAUGGCUCCUCGCCGGGCUCUCGGCAGGCAUCGCCCUCGCCGCUCCUUCAGCCUCAUCGUCGUUCAAGAUUGACAAGCGAUACGUCGAGGUGCGCGAUGAUAUCACGUACAAUGUCUUUGAGCAUGCGGCAACGGGCACCAAGAUGUCCUUUGUCAACAACUCGGGCAUCUGUGAGACCACGCCUGGUGUCAAUCAGUACUCGGGUUAUCUUACCGUCGGUACCAACAUGAACAUGUGGUUCUGGUUCUUCGAGGCUCGCAACAAUGCCAGCACAGCACCUCUUGCCACUUGGUUCAACGGUGGACCAGGUUGCAGUUCCAUGAUUGGAUUAUUCCAAGAGAAUGGACCUUGCCAAUUCUACAAUGGCGCUUCGACUCCAUCGCUCAACCCAUACAGCUUCAAUGAGUAUGCCAACAUGAUCUACGUGGAUCAGCCAAUCGGCACAGGCUUCUCGUACGGCACCGAUACUGUCACCUCGACUGUGACCGCAGCUCCCUUUGUCUGGAAAUUCCUCCAGGCCUUCCUUACCCAGUUCCCUCAAUACGAGAGUCGCGACUUUGGCAUCUUCACUGAAAGCUAUGGCGGUCAUUACGGCCCCGAGUUUGCCAACUACAUUGAGACCCAAAACAAGGCCAUUGACAGCGGCAGUCUCGAUGGCGAGAAGAUCAACCUUGUUGCUCUUGGCAUCAACAAUGGUCUCUACGAUGAGUCAAUUCAGUACAAGGCCGAUAUCGAGUUUGCAUACAACAACACCUACCGCCAACUCAUCACUGCUGCUCAGUACAAGUCGCUCAACACGGCCUACACGUCCAAGUGCAAGCCAUUGGUCGAUGAAUGCACUGGACUCACUGGCAACGAUGCAUACUGCGAGAAGGCAUACAAUACUUGCGAUGCAGACAUUGAUGAGGUUAUCUACUCCAGCGCCAACUUUGAUCCAUACGAUGUCCGCGCCGCUAGAAAUGACCCCAACCCUCCCGAGACUUAUGCGACAUAUCUCGCUCGUGCCGAUGUAAAGAAGGCAAUCGGAGCCGCCACGACUUAUCAGGAGUGUCCUAACAGUGUCAACUCCAAGUUCUUUACUACUGGUGACUACCCUCGCUCGCUAGUGUCAACCCUCUCCACGGUUGUCCAGUCGGGUAUUCGUGUCCUGACUUGGGCUGGUGAUGCCGACUUUAUUUGCAACUGGUUUGGCAAUCUCGACGUUGCGAAUGCUCUCACCUACUCGGGAUCCACCGAGUUCAAGGCCAAGGCGCUUGAGGCCUACACCGUCGACGGGACCGAGAUGGGUCAGUUCAAGUCUGUUGACAACCUCAGCUUUAUUCGUGUUUACGGAGCUGGUCAUGAAGUUCCUUACUACCAGCCCAAGCUUGCACUCCAGGCAUUCACGCAAACGAUGAAGGGACAGGCUGUGUCAUCAACCUAA